AGUGACUCUCUCCACCUUCCACCACGACUUACCCGCGCGAGUCGCGUCAGAAGAGACGAGGACACCGAGGAGGCCGCUGCAAACAUGAGCUUAGACGUUAAAAAGCUGAAGGUGAACGAGUUGAAGGAGGAGCUCCAGCGCCGCGGCCUGGACACCAGAGGCCUGAAGGCGGACCUGGUGGAGCGGCUGACGGCCGCCCUGGAGGCUGAAGCCGAGGGGGGCACCCCGGAGCAGGACCAGGGCGACGACUACGGCCACGGUGACUUCGAGGAAGGCAACGAGGAUGGGGACGACGUACAAGAACAACAAGAACCAGCUGAUGAUUAUGGCGAUGAUGAGGAUGGGGAUGAUGCUGAAGAACCGGAAGAUGUUGAAGAUGUUGAAGAUGUUGAAGAUGUUGAAGAUGCUGAAGAUGCUGAAGAUGCUGAAGAUGCUGAAGAUGUUGAAGAUGCUGAAGAUGUUGAAGAUGCUGAAGAUGUUACUCCUCAAGAGGAGGAUGAGGGAAGGGAUUCCGGUGGUUACUAUGAGGAAGAGGAGGCAGAAGCAGAGCCGCAUGAGAGUCAGCCAGCUUCGGAUUCAGGCCAUGGCAUGCCUGACUUCACGGCAGAUGUGGAGCCCCCGAAACCUGAGGUGAUGUCUGUGGAGGAAACCAAACCUGUGGUGGAUGUGACCGCGAAGGAGGAUGUUGAAGACAGACCGGAAAUCAAGGUAGAGAUCAAAAAAGAAGAUGAUCCUGAACCACAAGGUGACAGACAGCCAGAUGAUCAAAGGCCAGAGCAGCCGAACCAGCAAGAACCCGCCGGCCAGGCAGAAGUCAAAACGGAAGGCGAUCGAGGUGGACAUUAUGGCCGGAAGCGUCCCUACGAGGAGAACAGAAGCUAUGGCUACUACGAACACCGUGAGGACAAAAGAUCCCGAACUCCACAGCCUCCUGCUGAAGACGAGGAGGAAAACAUCGACGACACGCUUGUUACAAUUGAUACAUAUAAUUGUGAUUUACACUUCAAAGUGUCCCGGGACCGUUACAGUGGUUACCCGCUGACCAUUGAGGGCUUUGCGUACCUGUGGGCCGGAGCACGCGCCACACACGGCGUCACCCGGGGGCGUGUGUGCUACGAGAUGAAGAUCAAUGAGGAAAUUCCAGUCAAGCACCUGCCUUCCAGCGAGCCAGAUCCCCAUGUGGUCAGAAUCGGAUGGUCCCUCAACAACUGCAGCACUCAGCUGGGCGAGGAGCCUUUCUCCUACGGAUUUGGAGGAACAGGAAAGAAGUCAGCUGACUGCAAGUUUGCUGACUAUGGUGAGAGGUUUGGCGAAAAUGACGUCAUUGGAUGUUACAUCGACUUUGACAGUGGUAACGAGGUGGAGAUCGGCUACUCCAAGAACGGCGUCUUUCUGGGUGUGGCUUUCCGAACCACCAAGGAGGAGCUGGCGGGCCGAGCCCUGUUCCCUCACGUCCUGGUGAAGAAUUGUGCUGUGGAGUUCAACUUCGGACAGAAGCGCGAGCCAUACUACGCGCCGCCAGAGGGCUACAGCUACAUCCACAACCUGGAAAUGGAAGACAAGAUCAGGGGCACGAAGGGACCCUCCAGCAAAUCUGAAUGCGAGAUCCUGAUGAUGGUUGGCCUCCCCGCGUGUGGAAAGACCACUUGGGCCAUAAAGCAUGCGGAGACGAACCCAGACAAGAAGUACAACAUCCUGGGCACAAAUGCCAUCAUGGACAAGAUGAAGGUGAUGGGUCUGCGUCGCCAGAAGAACUACGCAGGGCGCUGGGAUGUUCUGAUCCAACAGGCCACCCAGUGUCUGAACAGGCUGAUCGAGAUCGCGGCACGCAAGAGGCGCAACUACAUCCUGGAUCAGACAAAUGUAUAUGGAUCAGCAAGGAGACGAAAAAUGCGUCCUUUUGAAGGUUUUCAACGCAAGGCUAUUGUAAUUUGUCCCACGGACGAGGAUUUAAAAGAACGAACAUUAAAGCAAACCAAUGAGCAGGGGAAGGAUGUGCCCGAUCAUGCUGUUUUAGAAAUGAAAGCCAACUUCACUCUCCCCGAGGCUUGCGACUUCCUGGAGGCGGUGACGUUCAUUGAGCUGCAGCGCGAUGAGGCUGAAAAGCUGCUGAAGCAGUACAAUGAUGAGGGCCGCAAGGCCGGCCCGCCCCCCGAGAAGCGCUAUGACAACCGGCAGGGCGGCUUCCGCGGCCGCGGCAGUGGCAACUUCCAGCGGUACGACAGCCGCGACGGCUCCCGCGGGGGCUACCAGAACCGCAGCGGAGACGGCGGCAGCGGCUACAGAGGAGGCUACAGCCGUGGCAGCUACAACCAGAACCGGUGGGGCGGCAGCAGCUACCGCGACGGGGGCUCUGACAAUCGUAGUGGAUACAACCGCAGCCAGCCAUCAGGGGGGAGCUACAAUCGCCCGGCUCCGUACAACAAGGGAGGCUACAACCAGCAGGGCUACAGCCAGAGCUACAACCAAGGGUACAACCAGGGCAGCUACAGCCAGAACUACUACGGUAACUACAGCCAGUACCCGGGAUACAGCCAGAGCUACAGCCAGACGCCCGCCACUGGACAGACCUACAACCACCACCAGCAGCAGCAGCCGCAGCAGCAGCCGCCGCAGCAACAGCAGCAGCAGCAGCAGCAGCAGCAGAGCUACAACCAGCAAUACCAGCAGUACGCUCAGCAGUGGCAGCAGUACUACCAGAACCAGAACCAGUGGAACCAGUAUUACAGCCAGUACGGCAGCUACCCUGGACAGGGCAGCCAAGGCUCCUCCUCUGGUUCCCAGUAGCUUCGCUCUGCAUCCCCCCACCACCACCACCACCCCACCCCCCUCUGCAUCCCGACCACCUCUGACCUCUGCAGCCAAUCGAUUUUGUACAGCCCACCAUCGAGCCGCCACAGCCUCCCCUCGUCUGGUUCCCAACGCGGUCGCCUUCGUUCCCUCACCAAUCAGUGUACACACAAAGCGUAUACAGUUUGAUGUCUUUUUAUUGUUUUUACCGAAGUCUUACGCUACUCAGUGACCGUGAGGUAGAUGAUAGGUAUCAAGACAUUUACUGAAUGUUCUCGGUGAUGCUUCGAGCCGUGGACGUUCCGAAGUCCCCGGUUCUACAGAUUCAAGAGGUGAAUAUAGUGUGGGAGGAAAAGACAGGAACAGUACAGCAAAAAGCUUGAAUAAUUUUGCUUGCUUCAAGAACAAAAAACAAAAAAAUGCAUGCUUUUUACUUCAUUGCCCCCCUUCCCUCCGUCUUACUCCUUACUUUUCAGUUACCGAGUGAGCACAUUUUAUUUACUGCAAGAGUCCAGACUUUACGAAACAUUUUGUUUUUCUAGGUGUUGAUACUGUAGUAUUUAAACUUAAGUUUUUUGAUUGCGAAACAUAUUUUGCCAUUGAGUAGCUGUGUUUGCAGUUUUUUUUUUCCAUCCCUUUGUGAUUGCUGUUCAUUCAGUCCAGUAGGUAAAACCUAUUCUGUCAAACCUUUUUCUCUCUUUUUUGUUUUUUACCUGAAAAUGAGUCAAUUACGCAAGCUGUCUUCUUGUCUUUAUACAAUAAAUGCAGUUGUAUACGCCUGUA